AUGUCUCUCGUUCCCUUAUUAUAUCGUGACUGGUGGGAUGACUUUGAUCGUCCCAUGAAACUUUUUGAUCAAAAUUUUGGUUUGGGUUUGAGAAGAGAUGAUUUGGUGAGUUCUCUUUUCAACAGUCCAAUGCUUCGAAGUGGUUAUUUAAGACCCUGGAGAGAACUAUCGAGACAAUCUAGUGGAAGUUCUACUGUACAAUCCGACAAAGAUAAAUUUCAGGUUAUAUUGGACGUCCAACAAUUUGCACCAAGCGAAAUAGUCGUCAAGACGCAAAACAAUGUUGUCCUCGUCGAGGGAAAACACGAAGAAAAACAAGACGAACAUGGAUUUAUUUCUAGACAUUUUGUUAGAAAAUACGUAUUGCCAUCAGACAUCGAGGUAUCGAACAUCACAUCGAGUCUUUCUUCCGAUGGAGUUCUUACAAUAUCAGCUCCUAAAAAGACAACUCCUGCUGUUGCUGGAGAACGCGUUGUCCCGAUCAAUCAAACUGGUAGACCUGCUGUUAAACAAGCACCUUCUACACCAACAUCUGAAACUCCAACUUCCGAAUCAGCACCAGUAAAAUAA